AUGAGAUACUCCAUUGUUGCUCCGGCCCUUCUCGCCGGCACCGCCUUUGCGUGGCUUCCCCAGGACCGCGAUCUGGCAGCCUUCAACCAGACACUUCGAUAUGAGAAGCUCGGCAAGCGCUUUGAGCCUUCGUUGGCUUCUGGCAUCACAAAGAUCCGUGGUGUAAACUUUGGUGGAUGGCUGAUUUGCGAGCCUUGGAUGAUGUCCAAUGAGUGGAAUAACGUCAUGGGCUGUAACGGCGCUGCCUCCGAGUUCGACUGUAUGCUUCAGCACUACUCGGGCAACAACCGCGCCGCUGGAAACCAGAAGUUCCAGAACCACUGGCGAGACUGGAUCAACCCUGCCACUGUUCAGUCGGUCCACGAUGUCGGUCUGAACACCAUUCGUAUCCCCAUUGGAUACUGGUCCUAUGUCGACAUCGUCGACAAGGCGAGCGAGCCGUUUGCUGAUGGCAACCUCAUGCUGCCGUACCUCGAUGCCGUCGUCCAGAAGGCCGCUGAUCUCGGCAUCUACGUGAUUAUUGAUCUCCACGGUGCCCCUGGCGGUCAGCAGCAGGACGUCUUCACGGGCCAAAACCCCAACCCCGCGGGCUUUUACAACUCGUACGACUAUGGCCGUGCAGAGAAGUGGCUAUCAUGGAUGACAAACCGCAUCCACACGAACCCCGCCUAUUCAACCGUCGGUAUGAUCGAGGUUCUCAAUGAGCCGGUUUCGAGGCACGAUGGGGGGAAUCGCUACCCGGCCCCUGGCCAAGACCCGAGUCUUGUGCAGACCUACUACCCGGGCGCCCUCAAGGCUGUCCGCGAUGCUGAGGCUGCGCUCAAUGUUCCCAGCAACAAGAAGCUGCAUGUGCAGUUCAUGUCUAGCAAGUGGGACUCUGGCGAUGCUCGCAGCAACGCUGCAGUCAAGAAUGACCCCAUGACAGGCUUUGACGAUCACAACUACAUUGGCUUUGCCCUUGGCAACACCGGUGACCAGUACUCUCUCAUGCACAGUGCUUGCACCGACUCUCGAGUUGUAAGCGGUCAGGACUUUGCCAUUACGGGCGAAUGGAGCAUGACAUCUGGUGCCGACUGGCAUGACGCAAACUUCUUCAAGAAGUUCUUCACAGCUCAGCAGCAGCUGUACGAGUCUCCUGGAAUGGACGGAUGGAUCUACUGGACCUGGAAGACGGAACUCAAUGAUCCUCGCUGGACCUACUCAUAUGCUACAUACCUCAACUACAUCCCAACAAACGCAGCUGCCCUGCAACAAAACGUUUACCAGGAUGUCUGCUCUGGAUUCAGGUAA